AUGUUAGUUGUUUUGUUGUUUGAGAGUGUGUUAGUUCACAUCUCUUCGAAAAGAUCGCUGUGCAAAAAUCAUACAGAUCAAGAGAAGUACACCACAUGCUGUAAAUGGUGCUUAUUCAUUACAUACUAUCAGCAGCUACGACGUAAGAGGCUGCCCCAUGGCCCCAACUUGGUUUACCUGGAGUCCUGUAGGGUAACAGGGUUCAGUGUACUACUGGCCGUGAGAUCAGUAACAGCAGAGGUAACAGUGGGUCAUCAUGGGCAUACGUCUGGCACCAUGAAGCACACGGUUGCUGCGAAGAAGCUCGGUGUUGUGGCGGUGGCGCUGGUGCUGCUCAAUCUCUUGUACCACCACUACAACAACCUCGUUGGUCACGAUCCCAUAGCUCCUGCGCAUAGUCCGUAUCCACGAACGGAAGCUGUAACCUCACGCAAGAAGACGCAGAGCGCAAGUGUGAACCUCAGAAGAACCUCGUGUACCUCAAGACGCAUAAGUGCGCCUCGUCUACUCUCCAACGGGUGUUCCUCAGGCAAGUGCAGAGGACAUUUUGCUUUUUAUUUUUGGGUCAAUGUACUUCACUUGCUGUUUAUUAAAUAA